UUUAGGUAUCUAAAAUCCUUCCGCACUGAGCAAUGCCAGUCCUUUCUACAACACAAAUGCACCGCUCAUCGACCUUAUACUUGUUUUAAUUGGCAUUUCCUUAAUCAACGUCGGAGACGACCUAAAAAAUUACGCGAUGGUACAUUCAAUUAUAGUCCGGAUGUUUAUUGCACCCAGUACGAUGAAACGACAGGCAUUUGUCCAACAGGAGAUAAGCAGUCAUCAUUGAGUGAUGUAUUAGUGGCAAUUAGGCCACAUCAUUUCAACAAGAUAGUUCUCAUCCAAUCAUGUAGGCAACAUAAUUUCAUAAAGUUAGUCUUCAUCCAUGGAGGUGUUUCGACGAAUAGUGCCUUGCCCUUUUUCUGUUACUCUAACCAUUGUCCUUAUUUGCAUCGAACUGCCGGUGAUACAGAACGUCGUUAUCAUUUACGCUAUUAUAAGACUUCAAAGUGUAUAUAUGAAACCGAUUCAAAAGGUUUUUGUGUUAAGAAUGGUCCACAUUGUGCAUUUGCUCAUGGUGACGAUGAUCUACGCCAACCUGUUUUCGAUGUUCGUGAAAUUCAAGCUUUAGAACGUAAAGAAGCUGGGAUAGAAAAAAUUAUACCAGAAGAUUCCCUAUGGCAUGAUAAAAAUUUUGUCGUCAAUACAUACAAAACCGAACCUUGUAAUAAGCCACCUAAAACCUGUCGUCAAGGAUAUGCUUGUCCGUAUUAUCAUAGUAAUCGAGAUAGAAGAAGGUGCCCGGCCAAUAUUAAAUACAGAUCUAUACCUUGUCCAACCGUUAAACAUGGUGAUGAAUGGGGAGAUCCUACUAUUUGUGAGAGCGGCGAUGAAUGCCAAUAUUGCCAUACUAGAACGGAACAACAAUUCCAUCCGGAGGUAAAUUUGCUAACGAUAAUUGAUUUUGUAAUGGAUUAUUAA